AUGGCCUCAAUAAAUGUUCGGGAUCAAAAGAUCGAACAGCAACGCCAGUUAUUGGAACAAAAAAUGAAGCAAAAACGGCAGAAUUCGGGUAUGGUUCAAGCUAACGAUUUGAGAGUGGGUUCUGCUAAACGUCCCAUUUCUGGAAGCCGUUCCCGUGAACUUCAUGGCUAUGAUGGUCCGAUGCAAUUUCUUAUGUCGCCUGUGAACCCUGACCAAGUUAUUCCUCUACAAACAAAUAGAGUAUCUACAUAUGAUGAAUUAGGCAAUCAGAUUGAAGUUUUGACAGUGGGUGAUGACAUGGGUGAAGGGAGUGGUGAGGAGGAAUGUGAAAGUGUUCCUGUCUGUAGUAUGGGCCGUGAUGCGAGCACUGAUGAUGUUUGUGCUGAUGCAGCGGUUGCUCCAUUGCAGGGUCGCCCUCGGAGAGAUAGUUCACCUAAUCAGACGGCAGAAAUAGAAGGUUCAGUCGAAGGUUCUGUGGAAACCUUCGUAACAACACCGGCGAAGCAUGGGACCCUAUACAAGUGUCGUAUUGCAAGGGAUAGAAAGGGUAUGGAUAGAGGAUUGUACCCAACAUACUUUUUGCAUCUGGAAAAAGAUUAUGGAAAGAAAGUGUUUUUAUUGGCAGGUCGUAAACGCAAGAAGUCAGCAACAUCCAACUACUUGAUAUCUACCGAUCCCACGGAAUUAACACGACAAGCGGAUAGUUUCGCCGGGAAAUUGAGAUCUAACUUACUAGGAACUGCUUUCACGGUGUACGAUAAUGGGAAAGCAUGGAGGAAAAACCAUAGAGACCCACCUCGUCAUGAGUUGGCAGCUGUGGUUUAUGAUACAAACGUCCUCGGUUUCAAAGGACCACGCAAAAUGACGGUCAUCCUCCCCGGAAUGACACCUGACCGUCAAAGAGUAACAAUAGCGCCUCAGGACGACAGCGAAACACUAUUAGAGCGGUGGAAAAGCCAAAAUUUCGAUGACAUAGUGGUUCUACACAAUAAAACACCAGUAUGGAAUGAUGAAACUCAAUCCUAUGUCUUGAAUUUCCACGGCAGAGUCACUCAGGCAAGUGUGAAAAAUUUCCAAAUUGUACACGAUUCUGAACCAGAUUAUGUUGCUAUGCAAUUCGGUAGGAUCUCUGAGGAUGUGUUCACUAUGGAUUAUAGGUAUCCGUUGUGUGCUUUGCAAGCCUUUGGUAUUGCACUCAGCUCGUUUGACAGCAAGUUGGCUUGCGAA